AUGACCAAGCGGAUCAAAUGCUUUGAUUAUCUUCACAAAGUCGUUGAGACCAAACAAUCAUGGAAAAAGUUAGAGGAUGAGAAGUCGAGCAAUGAAAACAACGUAAGCAAAUUCAAGACAAACGCUAGGAUUAACAAGUGCGAUAAUGACAUCCUACUUGAGAGCUAUUCUUCUAACAAGUGUUUCAUAACUUUUCCAUCAGCUCAGACAUCGCCAAGGAAUAAGAUCGUGGGUUAUAUGUUUAUUUGUUGCAAUGAAACCAUGGAGAAAGGCAAUAAGAUGCAGUUGUUGUGUUUGACACUAAGUUAUUGUGAUUCUGUCCGGGCAAUUACUCCCGGAAUGCCUCUUUUCAUUUAUAAUGAAACAAUUCGUCAACUUCAUGAAAUUUUUGAAGCAACCAGUUUUGGGGGUUAUAAUAUAGAUUCAACAACCUUGGAAGAUAUCAACUAUAAGAGGACUUCUAGGUUUCCCGCACUGAUGAUGAUUCGUAUUAAAUAG